CCCAGCCAAACUCAUGAAAGUUAAUAAUUGGUGGGAGGCUGGUAUACUUGUAGCUACAGUGAGUGAGUCAGUAGACCUUCUGCAAGCCUUGGAUAUACACGUGGGUGAGUAGCCCCGCAGCACAGAAUGAAGAACAUAAAUAAAAGUUCCAGAAGGUUCUUGAACUACUAAAAUGGAUAAACCACAGAAGACCGAGCCAGCUGAAAAGAGCAGCUCUGACAAAAACUCUGCAAAGCAACGUGUCACACUCUGUCUGCUGAGCGCAGCUUUCUUUGGUGCCUUGGGUUCGUCUUUCCUGUACGGCUACAACCUCUCUGUCGUCAAUGCUCCAGCACCGUACAUUAAAGCUUUUUACAACCAGACAUGGCUGGUGAGAUACAAUGAACCUGUCAGCGCAGAGACAGUCACACUCCUUUGGUCCAUCACAGUCUCCAUAUUUGCCAUUGGGGGCCUUUUCGGAGCACUUUGUGUCUCUUGGCUCAUAAAACUACUGGGAAGAAAAGGAACCUUGUUGCUGAAUAACAUCUUUGCUGUGGCAGCGGCAUUGCUACUUACCUUUGGCGAGAGAGCACGGUCCUUUGAGAUGCUCAUCAUUGGCCGCUUCAUUAUGGGAGUCGACUCUGGUAUAGCUCUCAGUGCACUGCCAAUGUAUCUUGGAGAGAUUUCCCCAAGAUAUAUCCGAGGUUUCAUCGGUCAGUUCAACUCUAUUCUGAUCUGUCUUGGAGUGUUUGUGGGUCAGGUGCUAGGCCUACCUGAGCUGCUGGGUCAGGAAUCCAGAUGGAACUACUUAUUUACCUUCCUGGCAUUGCCUGCAGUACUGCAGCUCUGCAUUCUGCCUUUCGUCCCAGAGAGCCCUCGAUACCUUCUGAUUGAGAGGAGGGAUGAGGCAGCAGCAGAGAGAGCAUUUCAGAGAUUUCUUGGAAAAAAGGAUGUUUCUGUUGAGCUAGAAGAGGUCCAUGCAGAGGGUCGAGCUCAGGAAACUCUCCAUACGGUGUCCGUUCUACAGCUACUGAAGAGUAAGGCAGUUCGCUGGCAGCUCAUCACAGUCAUAAUCACCAUGGCCAGCUAUCAACUCUGUGGCCUCAAUGCUCUCUGGUACUAUACUAGUGGGAUCUUACAGGAAGCAGGAUUCCCUGAGAAUAUUGUCCCGUACAUAACCCUUAGCACAGGAGGUAUAGAGACCUUUUCUGCCAUCAUCUCUGGUUUAGUGAUUGAACGAAUUGGACGGAAACCUCUACUCAUUUUUGGAUUCAGCGCCAUGGCCUUGUUCUUCAGCCUACUAACGGUGUUUCUCAAUUUUCAAAGUGCGGUGUCAUGGAUGCCUUACCUCAGUUAUGUCUGCAUACUGGCAGUGAUUGCUUCCUUUUGUUCUGGACCAGGAGGCAUCCCAUUUAUCCUGACUGGUGAACUUUUUGAACAAUCCUACAGGCCUGCUGCGUUCAUGAUUGCUGGCAUUGUGAACUGGCUGUCCAACUUCGCAGUGGGCCUCUUAUUUCCAUUUAUACAGGAGUCUCUGGAUGCAUUUGCCUUUCUGGUGUUUGUGGGGUUCUGCGUGUUGGCAUCAAUCUACCUCUUUAUCGUCCUCCCUGAAACCAAAGGCAAAACAUUCAUGGACAUAAGUCAGAGUUUCGCCAAGAUGAACAAAGUCCCCGUUCCCUCAACAAGCCAUGAAAUGAAGCUUGUUCUGUGUUCUGAUAUCGAGAAGAACACAAAAGAGGAAAAUGGCUUCAAGAUGGAGAGUUCCUUUUAAAUCAACGUCGGUUGUUGUGAAUAAGCAAUUUUUUUAUAUAAGUAUUUAUCUUUGAUGAAAGAAAUGUGUUUUGCUAAAUUACAUGUUUAAUUUUCUUUUUAUAUGUUAGUACAUUUCUACCCUGUACAUCUCAACCAUCUCAGGGCAACACAAUAUGUUUUAGAGUAAUGUUUUCGUGCCAUCCACAGACAGAGGAUUGUGUGCAAUAAAAACAGUUUUAAAGGUGCUGCAGAAGAGAAAAAUGUAUUAUUUUUGUGUUAUGUGAGCAUUCAAUUUUUCUUAAUUUCUCAGCAAAUGUAUGGUUGUGCCAGUGACGUGCGGUGAGGUUCAUGGUUGGUGAGGCACUGACUCCUUUAGUGUCAGAUUUCCAAAGAUAUAAACCAAAAAGGGUAGCUUAUUCAAUUGGCUACUGGUUAUUUCAUAUCUCAUCAGCAUUCUUCACAAAACACGCACACACGGUACAUAUUAUCGAUACGUAAAAGUAAGAAAAUAACAUGCAUUUGCUCUACACCCUCAAUGUGUUGGCCGUCGCCAUUCUAUAAUUCAUGCAACAUAAAUGAGAGUAAAGAGUGGUGUACAAAACCACAGAAUUCAAUUCUGACCUUGAGUGAAAUAUUCAGUUGUUUUUAAAACUUUUAAUUCUGAAACUUUAAUCAAUUUAUUACAGAUUGCUAAACAAAAAGUGUGAAAAGAAAAACAAAUAAUAUUUUAUUUAAGGCCAAAAUUUAGUUUUUAAAUAUUCUAUUGUAUUUUUCUUGGUCUAAGCUCUUUUUUUUUUUUUUUUUUUUAAUAAGAUUGAAAUGAAAACUGUUUGUGGUCUUGUGCCUGUCCUUCACCACAAAAACUGGCGUUACUUUGGAAGGGCAUAGGUUUUGUCUCAACAUUCGUAGGGACGAUAUAACAGCAUAACCUGCAUGUAGGUACACUUUUUGCUGGGGACGGGACAUUAAUUAGACCAAACAGAUUGGAUGAAGGGGGCAAAGAGCCACAUUUCUAAUGUAUAUGAACCUAAUUAACUAAUAGGCAAAAUGAUCAAUGCAAAAUAAAUCCUUAUCUACUGAUAAUAACUUUUACGUGCAUUGGUUUAGAUGAUACACUGUUCAAUUCAAACCUUUGUUUUCAAAAAAUACUAAAGAAACAUUUUGAAAACUUCCUGAAUAAAUGUCUGUUUUUUAUUAGCAAACAUAAACAUAGUGAAAAUAAUUCACUUAAUAAUGGUAGGGUCAAUUCUAUCCUUACAACAUAUGGAACUAUUGAAAGAUCUAAAUUCUCUAUAUAACUGAACAUUAUAUCAUGCAAAAAAGGUAAGGUUGCUUAAAAGUUGGUGGGGACAAUUUUAGCAUGCUGAAAAGUUGGUAGUGUUAUGUCCCUACCGUCCCUAUGCAAACCUACGCCCUUUUAGUAAAAGUCCUCCUUAUUUUCCUUUACUUUAAAAAAAAUCUCUCCGCCUCAAUGGAGAGGAUUGCUUCAAUUAGAUCGUUCUGUGUUCUAUUUGACAAGCCAGAAAACACAGUGGAUGUGUCCAAAUGUCUAGCUAACCUUUCAUCUUCCUCAGCAAAACCAUGUAAUCGUUCUACAUAUAUGCCACUUUUAGAAGAGCUACACGCUCAUCGUUACCACGAAAUGUUAACUCCUGUUUAGCUAGGAUGCAGGUUGCAUUAAUGAGGUCUUUCAAACUCUUUUCUUUACCUUAGCUUUGAGGAUGCUAUAGUUGAGCUUCCGCUGUUCGUCAAAGCCAAAUCGAUCCUUGAGCUUCCAAAAGUUUUUAAAGCAAACAGGCUUUGAAUGUGAGUGGUCGAGCGCUCAUGUUUGCUGAGGCUUCGUGGUAGUUUUUUAAUGUCACAAUAUCUCGUGUUAGUCCAGACAUUGGCACAAGUUGAGAAGAAAAGGCAGGGAAAGCAGCAAAGGCGAUUUUUCGAAGGACAGCCACAUAGCCAGUCUUUUCGGGUGUACCAGUCCGUUUGAAAAGCGCGAGUUAUCCUCUGUCCCGUAGUUUGAAGCAAACCUUUUAGCUCCGGCGUUGUGUUAACCGCGUCCACUUUUAACGGAAAGUCCAGUUUCACGUACGCCCCCUUGCAGUGCGGCAGAGUACUAUCUGCCGCAGCCUGUGUCUUUUCACUGUGGUUUUAUUUCCCAUCAGCAAAACUAAAUAUGUCGCUAACAAACAUUAAACUUUAAGGGUUAAAGACAUUAGCCAGACUGAGGAAAAUCAGGUCAAAUAAACGUAUCUGGAAACAUUAUAAUGGCGACAUGAGGAUGUACGGCAACCAGCACGCUCCAAUUCCAUGUAUCAACCCAGUUUGUUAAGGAUUGCGCAAUCAGAGGUGAGGCUUUACUCGUUGCUGCCGAACCUCUCGUUUCAUUUCUUUAUUUGAACAGGAAAUAGGCAAAUUCAGCGAUUUUGACUAUAAAAAAUGUUUGAAAUGAGUCAUACAUAAAGAGCAAUGGACAAAUAUUAAUAUAAAUUUGAUGCUAUAAUUAUUUUUUUGUCGUGAUGACAGGUGAGGCUCUGCCUCACCUGCCUCCCCUGACCGCACAUCACUGGGUUGUGCAGUGCGUUAACUCAGACGAAAAUAAAUUACAUUUUUAAAACUUUUUUCCCCUGAGUAAUUUGGUUUGGGGGGUAGCACUUUAUAGUAACUAUCCAUUACAACUAGUUAAUAUAUCAUUACUAAACUGUUAAUAAAUGAUUUAUUGUUGACUUGUCAAGUGUUUGUUAACAGUUUGUCUUAUAGAUUUAUGGUUAGCAUGUGUGUUUUUAUGCAUUAAACAAAAUGUU